CUGCGCAUGCCAGGAUGAGGACUUUCUGCAGAAUUGCCAACCCAGUCAGCCGGCAAGUGUUGCCAAAAGUGCAAUGUCUUGUGUUGCACACCAGGUUCCUAGAAGAGAAAAUCGUCGAAGCAAUGCAUCAGUACUGAGAAACAGUGACACCAUGGGUCCUCCAUCUUCUCAGAGUCCAAUGAUGAGAAGUCGGCGAGGAAGUGUGGCUUCUGCUUGCAGUGUUCUUCAAGAGAAAGGCGGUUCUUGCUCUCCUUUGGUGUCAAAGAAAGGUCGUAACUCAACUCCUGUGAGAUCUGGGAAUAGCUCCCCAGCUGGGAAUAAUUGUGCUGCUCCAAGACAGGCUACGCGCUGCUCUAGUCAGCGGCAGGAAAUGAGGCAGGGUAAGAAUGGCAGUACUAAACAUGGCACAAACAGCAACAGCCAUGUCAUGAGCACCAGAGGCAAGGAGAAGCAAGUUCCAGAUUCACAUCAUGCGAACAACAACUCUGUGUCUGAUGAGAGUGAUUCAGCCCAAGACAGUGAAGAAUUUACGCAACUAAUUACGCCAGAUGCUGCACUAAGUUAUGCGGAUCUUCUUCUUCAAGACAAGACCACCAGGAAGCUCCUUCUCGAUGAACCAGAUGUAGCUGAAGUUCUUGAUACAGCGUUGAGAGAAGAAGUGUACAAUGCCUUUUACCAAGCCAUGCAGGUCCAUCAAGGGAGCAUCAGCGUUGCAAUCAAGGAGCAGGAGUUGGAUGAGCUUGAGUUGAGAAAUGGAUUAGUCCUCCAGGUUCUGAAAGUUUACCUGAAGCUGUCUAUGUACAGAGAUGUUGCGACUCUUGAGAAUAUUCAGAAUUCAAAGGGUAACAAGUCCAGUGUGGCUUGGGAAGGUUUCACUCCAGUGUGCAAUGAGAUCCUGGACCUUUCACUCCAGUGUGCAAUGAGGUUUUUGAGGAAAUGCUGGAAUUGUCCAGAAGGGCUUUGUCAGAGCUUCGUCGAUCUAAGUAUCGAUCUGGUGAUCCUGAGGAUGGUGGUCAAGGUCGGGGAGGAGCUCGUUCAAGAGGAGGCAUGCAGGCUUUCUCUCAGACUGGUUCCAGGCAAAUGUGUGCAGGGAUGGAAGCAGAGGAAGAGGACGAAGCCAGGUUGCAAGGUGGCGCUGGGCCAUCGACCCGAGGCCGCCAACCAGGAAAGGAUGGCUGUGCAGGACCAUGUCCAUCAGUGCAUACUUUCCCGACGCAGAAGAGCAGCAAAAUAACUGGUAAAUCCCCCCUUCCCGGGGCUUGCUGUUUAUUCCAUAGCUACGGAGAACUAGACCAUAGAGAUUAGAAAAGCUGCGCCUGCACAGCUUAUCGAAGACAGUUGUACCGGUUGCCAAAUUAAUCACAUAUGAGGUCGUCCCCAGACAGUCGUAAGAAAGACAGAUUGACCUUUUUCACGCACUAGUCGUGAGAUUGAGACGAAAUCCACAAAGCAGAGUUACGGUUGCCGUCUAGAAAUUGGUGGAAGGCAAAGAGGUGGGAGUGUGAUCACACUCCCACCAAUGUGUGCGUGCGUGUCUGUGCUUGGGUGCACGUAUGUGUGUAUGUGCUGUAGUGAUUGUCACCACAACAGCCCCUGUUCCACCCAGAUGAGUAGAUCCAAAAUCAAAGCAGCUUUACCUC